AGUGUUCUAUGUUGUUCAACAUUCACAUUCACAUUCAAAAUCUAGAACAGCAUCAGAAUCAAUCAGCAUAUUCUGUCUUCUUCUUCUUCUGAAAACAAAAAUGCCUCGCGGUGGUGGCGGUAGCUCCGGUGGCGGAAGAUCUGCUCAUUCAGCUCGAAGUCAUGCUUCACGGCCAGUUAACCAUGCUCCACCUCCAGCUCCUGCUCAGAGUGACAAUCGUGGAUCUCUCUUUGGGACUGUAGCUGAAGGAUUGGCUUUUGGUUCUGGAAGUGCUGUGGCACACAGGGCUGUGGAUUCUGUAUUCGGUCCUCGAACUAUUCAACAUGAAGUAGCAGCUACUGGGCCUCCUCCUGCUUCUGCUGCUAAUAAGCUGGGCGGUGAUGCAUGCAAUGUUCACGCAAAGGCUUUCCAAGAUUGCCUGAACAGCUAUGAGAGUGACAUUAGCAAGUGCCAGUUUUACAUAAACAUGCUAGCAGAGUGCAGAAGAAAUUCUGGAGCCACAUUGAGUGCAUGAACAUGCUUGCUUCAUUUGCUUUGCCUUGCAAUGGUAUAGCUUUGGAGUUUGCAUUGGAGUCCAGAUGUGUCUCAUGGUUAGAACUACGUUUUUUAUGUUACUAAGUAUUCCACAUUGCUAAUUAAUAAAUCGGUUUUGUCCGAUAUUUGUCCCAAUAUAAUUACUGUGAAUCUAAUGACUCCGAGUUUGCAUUGGAGUCCAGAUGUGUCUCAUGGUUAGAACUAUGUUUUUUUUGUUACUAAGUAUUCCACAUUGUUAAUUAAUGAAUCGGUUUUGUCCGAUAUUUGUCCCAAUAUAAUUACUGUGAAUCUAAUGACUCCGAGUUUGCAUUGGAGCUCAGAUA